AUGGAGCUGACGCUGAAGGUCGGGGUCCUGGUGCUGGUCGCGCUGGUCAGCCUGGGCAAGGCGGAUGAGGCCCCCAAGGUGGAGGUGUACUCUCGUAGACGUGUCGUAGAUGGCGAGGAAAAUGUCCUCAACUGCUUCGUGAGCGGUUUCCACCCGCCAAAGAUCGAAAUCUCCAUCCUCAAGAACGGGCAGCCCAUGAGUGGCGUGAAGUACGCGGACAUGUCCUUCGAUGACAAGUGGAAUUUCCAGCGCCUGGUGUAUGUGCCCAUCAUCCCUAAGAAGGGUGACAAAUACUUCUGCAAGGUGGCCCAUUCCACCUUCCCAGAGCCGCAGCUUUACCGAUGGGAUGAAGACUUCUAA